AUACGCCCGGUCGCCAGUGCUCCCAACAUCAUUACUCACUCCACACGUAUCGGAGUCUCGAAUCUCCGACUUAUCGAGAAUAAUGACAUACCCACACCCUCCAUCAGCGCCAACGUACUUCAUGAGUUAUUAACGAAACUGAAAUUAUGCCCGAUAAAAGCGGUGUUGGAAUGUUGUGCUCGCUCUAAGGAGUCUCUCUAUAUCUGACUUCAGUGACGCUUUUGAAAUUUAAGUGCGUUAGUGAGAAGAGCCACCUGUGAACCGGGUCUAGAAAGCGUAAAGAUGAAGGAAGACAGCGAUAAUUCAGCACUGGUUGAGCGAAUAGCUGAAUUCAAGAGCGAUCCAGAGAAACUUCGGCAAGCUUCUGAAUUCGUAGAUCAACUGAUUCAGCAAGCAAAGAAAGAGGCAGAAAUAAAACAUAAAGAGAAAGAGAGAAGCAAAUUUGAAUCGCAAGAUCUGGGAUCAAAUAAUCUAAAAAGGCGGUUCGGUCGAGCCCGAGGUUUCAUGCUACGAAUGUUCGACGCUCUAUGCAACUGCACGCAAACAGCGGCCGCUGCCGCACGCACACACGCCCGCAACAAUCCCUUUACCAAGCGCUAAACAUUUAAUGCCCCUUUUCGAGAUCAACUGGUACGUGUCAUCGUUAUGCAGUGCAAAGGGUAGGGGACAGGGGUUUGAGACACGCGGGUGACAAGUAAAUGAUUUAUUAUGUACUGGGGAGUAUUUAAAAAGAAGAUGGAAAAUAUAUUGUUUUCCAUUUUAAGAGUGGUGCGCUUGCAAUAUUAUGAUUCAUUAUUGUAUUGCAAGUAUUUCUUGAUAGGAUAGUGAUCUGUUUUUUAAGACCGGAAUUGAAAAUGACGUUAAUGUUACGUUAAUGUUACUCGACAUUUGA